UAGGAUAGAUUUUCACGUGUAGUUUGAUGCUUGGUUGUUCACAAUGGCUGGCAAAGCAACAAGCAUGUCUGAUAUAGCAAAGUCUGAAGGUGGGAUAAUAAAUCCUGAAAAGGCUACAAGUAUUAGUGAUGUAGAUAAGCUGGAGUUAAAAAUAGCUCAGCUUAAGAAACAAAAGACGGCAGCAAAGUCUGCAUUGACAAAGGCUCAGAAUAAGAUGCUGAGUAUGAUAGACCAGGAGGAUCUCCCCACAAGGAAAGCAGUGAGGGAUGAGAUAGAUAAGGUGAGUUCACUUCAGGCUAAAGCUGUUGACUUAUUGUAUGACCUGUCCAAGGCAUACGACCAACAUGGAGAUUACGAGAAUGCCAAGAAAACAUGUAAGGAAAUAGAUGAAGUCUUAGAAUAUAGCGAUGAUGCAAUACACAAUGCAAGAUUGCAUUUGAGCAGCAGGUCAGAUGACAGCUCGUCUUCUGGUAUAAGGUCAGUAAUGUCGAGGAUAUUUCGCCCAGUUAACACAAAGAAACACAUGCCUGUGAAACUUAAAGUCGCAGAGCUUCAAGAAGAACAAUGUGUUCCUUCUGUUCAUCAGAAUGUUGGUCAUGGUGAGUCAGUUGCACCAGAAAUAGAUAUGAGUAGAAUAAGAAUAGAAAUGGAAGCACCUGCUUCUCCUGAAAUAAAAAGGGGGAAAUUACAUAAUAAUUAUGAUAGUGCUUUCAAACGUCUGAAACAAAUUGAGAAAAGGUUAUCCAAAGAUGUUACAAUUCAGACAGCAUAUGGGGAUGUGAUAUCACAGUAUCUGAAAACAGGAUACAUCACAAAAGUUCCUGAAAAAGAAGUUAACAAAAAAUGUUGGUACUUACCUCAUUUUCCAGUGGUCCGGCCUGAACGAAAUACAACGAAGGUAAGGAUGGUUUUCGAUGCAUCAGCAAAAAGUGAUGGGGUGUCCUUAAAUGAUGUUGUUCACCAGGGUCCGAAAAUGCAAAAUGAUCUUGUUGAAAUAUUGCUAAGAUUUAGAAAACAUCCAAUCGCAAUCAUAUGCGACAUUGCAGAAAUGUACUUGCAAAUCAAGAUUACUGAAGCUGAUCAACCGUACUUCAGAUUUCUAUGGAGAUCAAUGAACCUGGACGAAGAACCUGAUGUAUAUGAAUUUUCACGGGUAGUCUUCGGAAUGAAUUGUUCACCAUUUCUGGCACAGUAUAUUACACAGGAACAUGCUAAGGCAUGCAAAAUUCAUCUUCCUUUGGCUGCAGACACAGUUGCUAAAUCAACAUACAUGGAUGACACAAUGGAUUCGGUAGAAACCGAGGAAAAAGCUAUAGAGCUUUAUGAUCAGGUGAAUGAACUGUGGACUACAGCUGGAAUGCACGCCAGGAAGUGGGUCUCCAAUUCAUUGAAGGUCCUUGAAUGUAUUCCAGUUGCAGAUAGACUAUCUGAAAUUAAUAUUCAGAUGACUGAACUGCCAUCAGUGAAAGCUCUUGGGUUGCUCUGGAAUGCAGAGAGUGAUAGGUUUCAAUUCUGCUACAACAUAAAAAAUGAUCACUUUCAAAUGUCAAAAAGAGCUUUCUUGAGGGAGAUUGCUAAGAUAUUUGAUCCUUUGGGACUGUUAGCUCCAUUCACCAUUCGGGCAAAGAUAAUAUUGCAACACAUUUGGGUGUCUGGUGUAGGUUGGGAUGACAGUCUGCAUCCUGAUUUAGAGGAAAAGGUAUUGCAAUGGUAUAGGGAAUUGGCAGAUUUGAAGUCUUUAUAUUUCCCAAGAUGGAUUGAAUUUAGAACUGAAAUAGCCAAUCCACGCCUACAUGUGUUUGUAGAUGCAUCACAAGAUGCUUUUGGUGCAGUCAUUUAUCUGGUGAGUGUUAAUGAACACAGGACAGCAAGUCAACUUGUAGCUGCAAAAAGUCAUGUUGCUCCACUGAAGGCUAUCAGUGUCCCGCGACUAGAGUUGAUGGCAGCGGUUCUUGGGGUGAAACUUCUGCUUGCUAUUGCAAAAGGCCUAGAAAUGUCACCUUAUGAUGCUAGGAUCUGGUCCGAUAGCAUGAACGUGUUGUGGUGGAUAAAAAGCCACAGUAGAAGCUUUAAGCCAUUUGUGGCAAAUCGGGUUGGUUUUAUACAAGAAGUGACAAAACCCAGCCAAUGGAUGCAUGUACCAACUAAGUUGAAUACAGCAGACAUACUUACAAAAGGUUGUAAACCUGAAACACUUGGUACAAAAGCAUGGCUACAAGGUCCUGAGUUUUUAAAACUUGAUGUAAGCCAAUGGCCAAAACAGGAUAUGAGAAGGAAAGAAGAACUGGACCUAGAAGAGAUUGAAGGAGCUGAAAGAAAACUAAUUUCAGAAGAUCAAAAGGAAGCAUUUCCUAAAGAGUAUUGGGCACUGUACCAUGACAGCAGAAUACCACCUAAGAGUAAACUCAUAGGAUUACAGCCUUUUCUGGAUGAAACAGGAGUGAUGAGAUUAAAUGGCAGACUGAGGUUUGCAGAAGUCCUGUCCUGGGAAGCAAGGUUUCCUAUUAUUCUUCCCAGAAAAAGCCCAGUGACAAAGUUGAUAGUUAAACAUCAUCAUGAAAUGUGUCACCACAUGGGAACAAAUACCACAUUAGCUUCAUUGUCUUCCAAGUUCUGGAUAAUAUCCUCAAGGGAGGAAAUUCGUGAAUGGGAAAAUGCAUGUUCUUGGUGCAAAAAACAAAAAGCAAAGCCAGCACAACAACUCAUGGGCAAUCUUCCAAAGGUGAGAGUAGUUUGUUCAAUGAGAGCAUUUGUUCAAGCGGGGGUAGAUUUCGCUGGUCCAUUUCUUACUGUACAGGGUCGAGGUAAAAGCCGUCAAAAGCGUUACCUGUGCCUGUUCACAUGCCUAGCUACACGCGCUGUACAUUUAGAAAUCGCUUUUGGACUAGACACAAAUUCGUUCUUGAAUGCUCUCUUCCGCAUGGCACACAGAAGGGGAAUGCCCAAAGAGAUCAUAUCGGACAACGGGACGAAUUUCGUUGGAGCUGUGAAAGAGCUUAAAGAGCUGGUGACUUCAUUAGAUUCUGACAUCACAAAAUCGAAAUUGGCAAACAGAGGCAUUGUAUGGAGAUUUAAUCCUCCAAAUGCUCCUCACUUCGGAGGAGUAUUCGAAUCGAUGGUCAAGUCAGCUAAACGGGCUAUUUAUGCUGUCCUCAGCUCAAGUGAUGUCACCGAUGAAGAACUGAUGACUGCUUUUACUGGGGCCGAAGCUCUGUUGAAUUCAAGACCACUCACAUAUCAGAGUGCCCACACACAGGAUGAUGUUCCGCUCACACCAAACCACUUUCUACAUGGGCAGCUUGGUGGAGACUUCGCUCCAGAAAUAGAUUCUACUUCCUUUUCUCCCCAGAAGCGUUGGCGGAGGAUCCAGGAACUCAUCAGGCAUAUCUGGAGGAGAUGGAUGAGAGAGUGGCUUCCAACGUUGAAUGUCCGAAAAAAGUGGGUCACGUCAUCAAGAGACUUCCAAGUUGAUGAUGUGGUGAUUGUCGUAUCACAAGAUAAUCCAAGAGGAACUUGGCCAAUGGGAAGGAUAUUGAAAACUUACCCAGGCAAAGAUGGCCAUGUUAGAGUUGUAGAUGUUAAAGUUGGAGGGUCGAGAUUGACUCGACCAGUUACAAAGAUCUGUCCUCUCGAAUAUCGAGACUGAACAAGAACCAGUUGUUCAAGGUUGUAAAUAGUGCUGCUGUUUUCAUUGACUAGUCAUUGUUGUAAAUAAGUUAGGUUUUUUUUUGUAGUUUGUCAACUGCGUAUUGUUCCAAAUAGAUGAUAGACAGGGGUCUAUCAUGGAAGGGGGCAUGUUCUGAAGCGUCCGGGAACAAUUGUCCGGGAACAAGUUUCAUGUUCCUGGACACAGUGGUUGACGCAUUGGUACACAACAGCUUCGCGGAAAGCGUUAAAGUUGGCAUGCAGCACGUGCUUCUUGUUGGAUGAGGGCAAAAUGCGCAUGCUCUAGAAACAGAUUAUUUCAGUUGUCUUCUGGCAUUCAUAUGGGCAAGGAGUAAAUGGAUAUCUCUCUCUAAGUUAGCAAAUAGUGAAUUAGAAUAUUACAGAAAUAGAAUAGAACAGAAUAGAAAUAGUUGAGAGAGUUACCCAUUUACAUUGUUACCAUACGGCAACUUCACUUUUAGUUUAAAAUCCAUUUCAUUUGAUCUUAUCACAUUUUCAUUGUUUAGUUGAUUAUAAGGGGAUUUCACGUUUAGUUGAUUAUAAGGGGAUUUCACGUUUAGUUGAUUGCAAGGUAAGGUCAUGUUAAGUUUAGUUUAGUUUAGUCUUCCACUGCGAAACACUAUCUAAAGUGUGCAGUGAGGCUAUCUAAAGUGUACAGUGAGGCUGUCUAAAGUGUGCAGUGAGGCUAUCUAAAGUGUGCAGUGAGGCUAUCUAAAGUGUGCAGUGAGGCUAUCUAAAAUGUGCAGUGAGGCUAUCUAAAUUGUGCAGUGAGGCUAUCUAAACUGUGCAGUGAGGCUAUCUAAAGUGUGCAGUGAGACUAUCUAAAGUGUGCAGUGAGGCUAUCUAAAGUGUACAGUGAGGCUGUCUAAAGUGUGCAGUGAGGCUAUCUAAAGUGUGCAGUGAGGCUAUCUAAAGUGUGCAGUGAGGCUAUCUAAAGUGUGCAGUGAGGCUAUCUAAAGUGUGCAGUGAGGCUGUCUAAAGUGUG